AUUGUUUCCAACUAGCUCUCAUAAUCGACGUGGACUUUUAAUUAUUUAUUUUGCUAUUCCAUCUCGUUGUCAAUAUUAAGUAGAAAAAAACUCGAAUUAGUACAUUUUAACUUUAAGUAACUUAGUGAUAUUAGUAUCUCGAUAUAUUUACCGUGUGAUGUCUCGAAUCUAGUAGUGCUCCAUAGCGCAUCUAGUGAUAUUAAGCCAUUACAAAUGCGAAGAAAAAGGAGAAAAUUAUAAAAUAAUUUUAAAAAAUAGAAAUCAUUUUUUUAACACGUCGACGGAAUUAAUUCAAUUAUGAAUCUACUCAACAUUGACAAUGCAAAGGAACUAUGUAUACCAGCAGCUGCAAUCAUUUCAUCACCAACGAAAUCACCGCAGACGAGUCCCCAUUUCUCACCAAAAGACAAAAUUAAUUUAUGCUUUAAAAUUUUUAAAUUAUUAAGACGAAAUACGAUAUUAAAGCUUUUACUACCAGUAACAUUUGUUAUUCUCCUGGUAAUGCUCCUUAUCGCAUUCAGGAGCUCAACCAAAGUCGUUCUCAUAUGGAUUGAGACACAGAAUUUAUGGACAACUUUCACAAUCUUCAUGUUUUUAUUUACAUUAGUCAGCUUUCCAUUUGCAUUCGGUUAUUUAAUAUUGUUAAUAAGUAGUGGUUAUCUCUUUGGUGCUGUUCGAGGAUUUGUUGUCACGAUUUUGGGUGCAAACUUGGGUGUUGCUAUUGCACAUACGACGAUAAAAAGAAUGCAAAAAAGACUUCCAUUUCAUAGAUUAAUAAAAACAGAAACUGGCCGUGCUAUAUUGAGGGUCAUAUCUGGUCCACGAGCUUUUAAAGUUGUGCUGUUUGCACGUCUAACGCCAAUACCAUUUGGACUGCAGAAUACGAUCUUUGGGAUAAGUUCCGUUAAUUCAUUCGAUUAUCACACGGCAACAUUGUUGGGUCUGAUGCCAGCUCAAGCGAUUAAUGCAUAUCUCGGAUCAAAGUUGCGGUCAAUUCAUGAUGUGAUUAAUGAUAAUCAUACAGCUUUGGCAGGCUACGGAAUGUUUGUUGUUGAGGUCAUAGUCGGUGUCAGCUUGAUGAUAUGGGUCGUGCAUAAAGCGAAAUCAGAACUGGCAGCAGCCCUUCUCGACAGCAUUGACGUGGAUGAAAAAUUGCUGAUUGAAGUUGAUGUCUAAAGACGAUUUUUCUUUGAACAAAAAAAAAACAUCUCUCAUUGAGUUAAUUCGUCAGUCAUUUAUACAAUGUGGAACAAAGAAGAAAAAGGCAGAAAUGGAACUCAUUGGUAUCAGGAUAUUUCAUAAAGUCGUUCAUUAAUUAAGAUAAAGUACCUUUUUUGAUAUAAGCGAGUUAGGGGAACACAAGAAAUGGAAUGGGAGCAUAUUUAGUCACGACUCCUCCAAUUUUUACAAUUUCUAUGCAGAAUUUGAAGUUUGAUGGAUUUAAUCAAUUGAAUGUGGAGUUGACAGGUUAAAUGGUGUUCAUGAUAGCUUCAAAAAAUGGAGUAAAAAGUCGUUGGAAGUUUCAUUGUUGAAAUGAUAAAACCGCAGUGAUUAAUGAGCAUUAAAAUGUUGAGUUUUGAGUUGAUUGUGUUAGGAAUUGUUGAUGUGAUUAGAAUUAAAAUUAUGAAAAAAUUAUCUGAAUAUUUUACUCGAAAUAAAUUUAAGGAUCUGAAAGAAUAUGUUACCAAUAAAAUUAUAAAACUCAUCUUUUUUCAAGCUUGAAUGGCUAAAAAGCAAGAUCAGUAGGUGAGGGGUUGGAGUGGACACGGCUUAGCCUUAAUUAGGCUAUUACCACUUCAGCUUCGUGUCAUCUUUUCGGAUAAAUAUACCAUCCACGACAUCAAUGACCCAUUAAAUCCAAUCAUCCUUCUUGCUCUGCCAUUAAUUUUUACUAUGAUGCAAUUUUUCUGAGAAAAAAAAAUAUGUCA